AAUUUCAAAAUGUUAUACUUUUAUAGAAGCGUGCACUAAAAUUAAAACAUUUAUUUCUUCACAAACAGCUGCAUGAAAACAUGGAACGUUGUUUAACUUUGAUCAUUGGAUUCAUUUGUAUAAUUUGUGUUUCCGGCCAGACAACACAGAAAGUUUGCUGGGAUUCAAAAUGGUACAACGAUUCUGGUGUCCAACGAAACGGAUCAAGUUAUGAACACCAGUCGGUAAAUGUAUUAAAUACCAUUUGCCAUUAUGGGCCAGUGAUUGCUGCGAAGUGUAAGGACGAUAAAACCGAACCAAUUAAGGCGUUCCAGAACGACACCACAAACCAUUACUACGCAACAUGUAAUCACGUUAACGGACUUAUAUGUCAUCCUUACAAUAAUUCACAGAACGCAACGUGUCCCGACUUCGUAAUACAGUAUGGAUGUAACUGCCCAACAACACCAAGCGUAGGAGUAAGUACUGCGAGUACACAAGGAGCCGGAAAUCAGUCUGUUUCCUCUGGUGCCGGAAACACUGUGGCCACACAAGGAAUAGUCCAUCAUAGUACAAAGGGUGUAGAAAAUUUGAAAGGAUCUGUUGGUGGAAUCACAACUUUGACACCCAGAAAUGGAAAUGGGGUGUCUGGUAACGAAAAAGGCGGAGGCGGUAGUACUGUUUUCCCGGCUACCAGGAGUGGAGCAGGACCGGGUGCGUCUGAUCAACAAUCUGGUCAUUGCAGAAAUGAUGGUCAGCAUUCCGGAACCAGCCAUUUAGUGCUGCUGUUAUGCACCAUGACCCUAAAAGUUCUUUUUUAACUUUACGAUUUGAACUUUGGAGCAACAUGGUGUCUCUUUAAGUGGUAUUACUAGUAUAACAUGUUACAGAUAAAAAUAACAGCCGAAAUGUAUAGAACAGAGAACAUGUAUUUAAGAAACAGAAAUUUUGAAUAAUCCAAAGGUAAUACAAAUAUUCAUUGCUGCUAAUUGACAUCAUAAUUUACA